AUGCAACGUCUUGCAGAGGAAAUUUGCAGACUCAACCUAUGGGACAAGGGUCAGGUGUUUGCUGCCACCGAGAACCUCCAAAGUUCCAUUGAGCAGACCCCCUACUCGAUCCAGGCAGACACCAUCGUCUGCUGUUUCUCCGUCAGCAGGUGCCACUCCCAAAGCAGCAGCCAUGACGGCUAUGCAUCUAGUGACGGCGGCGGCGACACUACAACUCCAACCAGCAGCAACGUGCGGCAGCUUCACUAUCCGUCACAUGCCCACAUGGACCCUGGCCGUGCCCGACUCAUCUUGCCGGGCUCUUUGGACCAGCUAGAGGGCAUCAUCCGCAAUUGUCAAGUGGCUUUUGGAUCUGGUUACAAACAAGUGCUACUCCAAGCAUUCUCGGCCAACUCACAUACAUUGAGCAGAUUUUUCCAUGAAUCAGAUGUCCUAGAGAUUCUUCGUAUAAGCACAAGGACCUUCAAGGAUCCUUCUGAGUGCACAAAAGAAUUGAUCAUCAUGUUGAAAACCAACACCCAAGUCCUCUGUUUGAUGCAACAGCAGUUAUGUGAGCAGAGUCGGCCAUUUGAGGAAUUAAAAUUAGGCUACUUCAACCAGUUUGCAAAGUGCCACAUCAAGAAACUCUUGGACAUUGCCGUUUGUCUUAGCAAGACAGUGUGGUCUGCCACUCAUAUUUCUCCCAUGCUGCUUGCCUAUGAGGCACUUUUGGAUGUCCUUCCUCUUAUUCAAAAGUUUGCUUCCAGUGAAUCUGAUGACUUCUUUCCCAAUAUUUUACGCAACAUGAGGGAAGCUUUCAGGAGGUUAAUUGACCAUAUCAAGCACCACAUGCAGUCCAAUAUGGAAAAUCAUCAGGAUAACGAUGCCAUUCAUCCGAUGACAUGUUUCCUCAUACGCUCAAUGAAAUCCCUUGGCAGUCACAGAAAUUUAGUGCAAUCCACUCUUGCCCCAGGUGACAACUCCAGCUCAUUUGGCCAUCUUCUGUAUGACGUGAUUACUUGCUGGAAAUCUGUGCUCACUGAACGUUCAAACAUAUACCAUGCGGAUCUGCAGCGGCAAUGCAUUUUCUUAUUGAACAACACAGGGCAUUUCAAUACAAAGACAGAUGGUCUGUUGGAUGAGCUGCUAUCUGAUAGGCAGAUUAUUAAGCAGCAUGAUGACGAAUUCAAGUUACUCUUCAAGAAGUGGAUUGAGAGUUACACAGAAGAGGCUUGCACUCCAGCCAAGUCUUGCUUGAAUCGCAACUGUCGGAGGGGCAGUCAACGCCGAUCCUUGGUUGCAUUUGCUUCAAAGUUCAACAAGACUUUUGAUCGUCAGAAAACUUGGAAGGUUCCUGAUGUGGUGCUACGGCAGGUACUGAGAGAUCGUAUACAGGAUUGCAUUCUGCCAGACUACACGAGGUGUUUCGAGAACUAUUCGAGUUCAGGACUGUUUUCUUCAUGUCUGCAGAUAGCUUCAGCGGGAGACAUAUAUACCACUGAGAGUUUAGAAAAGACGGUGCAGAGCUUCUUUGAAGGAUAA